AUGCCCAGGAUCGUCCUUUUCAUGCAUGCUGUUGAGCACGAAGGGCAAAGGAUAAGCCCUCUUAUUGCAGUGAUCUGCAAUAGCAACAUUAGGGCUACGGCAGGGAUCCUACAGUGUCUGCCCCAGCAUUGUCAACAAUAUGCAGCUGCCUUGGGGAUCACUCCUGAAUCUUCUUCUCUGCCCCCUCUUCUACCACCAACCGAUCUGACGGAGCUUCUCGGGACCGCCCAUACAGCCGCGGAAGCUUACAUCGGACAGACGGUGGGCGUGCAGUAUCCUGCGUAUGCGGUGUCCAAUGUCCUGAACCGUCGGCCCAGAUCCCUAUUGGGGGUCCCCAUUGUUGACUUGACCUGCCCAACCCCUCUCCCUGUUCAGUAUCAGCCCAUCGAUGCGCCUGGCACACAGAUCCUGAGUCCGGAUCGAAGCAAUUGGCUCGUGGGCCUGACCGGCGACCUCGGCCAAUCCCUGUGCGAUUGGAUGAUUGACCACGGCGCCCGAACGAUCAUAUUGACCAGCCGAAACCUGCAAAUGCCAAUUGACUUGAUCGACAAAUAUUGCGAACCCCACGGAGCCAAUAUCAUUUCCAUAGCUGGACCACCGCAGCCGAAGUACGCCAUCCUGGGACCCAAAGUCCAGACGCUCCGCCACCUCGACGAUCCGGUUGGUGACCAGCCCCUGCAAUUCUUCAUCGCCUUCUCCUCCGUCCUGGCCACGCUGGGCCAGCUGGGCCAGAGCGCCUACACAGCGGCCAACGUCACCUCGGAAGCGCUGAUCACACGCCGCAGGCGACGCCACGUGGCGGGCUCGGUGAUCCAGAUCUCCCGCAUGACGGACGUCGGGUACGUCAAGCGACAGUGGGCGCAGUACUCGGCCCACAAGAGGGCUGCCUGGAGGCCCUUUCCCUUCACCAGGGGCACCCUCAUCAUUUCCAUCGUCUCGGAUGCACUCGUCGAGUCGGAGUCAGCGAUCAUCACAGCUGGAAUUCCGCGGGUCACUCUGACUGAUGAUCCGGAGGAUGCAGCCCGGCGCAGCGUGACGUGGGCGACCAGCGCCCGCUUCUCUCACUACUGGCAACCACAACUCCGGCUGCGUCGGAGUGGUCAUGGUAGCCUCCCGGCUGGAAAGAAGGAGGCGGGGACGACCGCGGUGUCGUCGACGCGAGCGCGGUUGGCACAGGCCAAAUUGCGGGCGGACGCUCGAACGAUCAUCCUCGAGGGCCUCGUCGCUAAUGUGUGGUCCAGUCUUCAUCUCCCCGCCGAUCAGCCGGUCCUCGAGCCCACGGCGCUGGUGGACCUCGGGGUGGAUUCUUUGAUCGCGGUGGACAUCCGCGCGUGGAUCAUGGGGGAGCUGGGGGUCGAUAUGCCGGUCUUGAAGCUGUUGGCGGGCAUCACCGUGGAGGAAAUGGUGAAUGAGGCCGUGGCGGAGCUCGCGGUGGUUGCUGAGGUGGAGUAG